GGGACAAAGAGCGAAGAAAAAAAUGAGUUCUUAUCCUUUUUGACCAUCAAUGGCCAUCUCUGUCCAUGAAUGAUCCUCUUCCCUCUGAUCCUCUCAAAACCGUAGUUUUCAUGGCCAGACUUCUCUCUUUAACCUCACAAUCGCACCCUCCUAAACCUUACCUAAACGCUUUCAAUUCCAUAACAAAUUCUCUCUCUGAGCAAACCACUUCCAGAAGAGAAUUCGCUGUGAACACCGUUUCGAUUUGCAGUUUAUCUUCCCUAAUAACGCUUGUUCAACCUCCAACUCUCAUAGCUCAAACUUCUUCUGCUACUAAGACGAUUCUUUCAGGCAUUACCAGUACUAAAUCAUGGUUUCGAUUCUUUGGUAAUGGAUUCGCCAUCAGGGUUCCGCCUGAUUUUGAGGAUAUUAUGGAGCCAGAGGACUACAAUGCUGGUUUAUCACUUUAUGGAGAUAAAGCUAAACCAAAGACAUUUGCAGCACGGUUUGCUACACCUGAUGGAUCCGAAGUUUUAAGCGUUGUCGUCCGCCCAUCUAAUCAACUCAAGAUCACCUUUUUAGAGGCCAAAGAUGUUUCUGAUCUGGGGACAUUGAAGGAAGCAAAAAGGAUUUUCGUUCCAGGCGGAACAAGUUUAUACUCUGCUCGUGCCAUAAAAAUUAAAGAAGAGGAAGGGUACAGGACCUAUUACUUCUAUGAAUUUGGGAAUGAUGAUCAACGUGUUGCGCUAGUAGCUGCAGUCAAUAGUGGAAAAGCAAUUAUAGCUGGAGCAACUGCACCGCAAUCUAAAUGGGUCGAUGAUGGUGUAAAGCUCCGUUCGGCUGCCUUCUCAUUGACGGUUUUAUGACGAAUAUCUUUCAGGAUGUUCCACGCUGAGAGUGUAAAUUUCUCGAUCGAAAAAGAUGUAUAGAGAUUAGUUUUCGAAAUGAUAGUAGGGAUCAUAUAAUCGAUUUGGUCUCGAUUGAGCUUUCUGUUUACCUUAUGUUCUGUUUUAAUGUAAGUAGGGGUGUCCGUGACUUCGUGGUCUA